GCUUCUCUCUGUUUCCCGUUUAAAAUGCGCUAUUCCACCUGUGGCCAGUCACGAGAUAGCGCUAGCUUAGCCGCGAGGAACGCUAACAAAACUUCUUUCAGAAAUCUGCCGCUUUUAGCUUUAUUUGUGUUUCACGAAGAUAUUGAUCAGCUAAAACAAGGGACGCCGUGAUUUUACAACUUCUCAAAGGCUUUACUUCAAUUCGGGUGAGGUAAAACUGAAGUAAAACUCUCCGUAGGGCGACAAUAUGAACUUAUCUGCCAUCACUUCCUGUGUAUGUCCACCGCUGACUGAGCUCGACUCUUCGAGGAUGAGUUCAGUUUGGACACUACUUAAAAAUGCACUGUCAAGAAUAUUGACCAGACCUGGGAAAGGCUCCUUUAUGUUAGUGACAGAGAUGAGCGUCUUGGAGGAGCGAGCGGAAGACCUGGUGAGCGCCUACGGCCUCAGCCUGGACGCGCAGAUCUCCCAGCAGGGCUCAUGCCUGCCGAACAGCGACGAGGAGCUGCUGGGGCAGGUCAAGGCCAUGCUGACGGACGAACCCGCUGAGGCGAUGCACUGCCUGGGCCUGGACCCUCUGCUGGUGAUGGAGGAGGCCCUGAGCUCGGCGUCCGGCAGGCCGGCGCGGCCCCGGGCUCGGCUCCGGGGUCUGGCUAAAGCUUUCAAGGUGCUGGAGCACGCAGCCUUAAACCUCUACGUGUGCCCCUGGAGGAAGGAGUACAAAAUAAUCAAGACGUACUCCAGUGCGUUCAUCCACGACAUCUGCCCGGUGCUGUCGCCGCCGCAGAUCCACAGCCUGUUCGGCCUGCUGGGGUACCGCGCCGCCUCGUCCCAUCCCGAGCAGCUCCGCCUCGCGCCCGCCAGAGAUGGCCAGUCCUCCCUGGACCACCUCCUGCGCCUGUCCUGCGCCUUCUUCCUGGCUCGCUGCGAGUGCUGCCUCUUGCUGGCGGCUCUGGGGAAGCGUGGCGGCGAGCUGGAGUGGGAGCUGAGCCUGGUGAGGGAGAGACAGCGAGGACACGUCCUGCAGGCCGCCCUGGACAACACGACCAAGCUGCUGGAUGUCAGCCCGCCGCCGAUGGACGCUUUGGACGGGGACGUGGAUCUGUACGGGGACGAUCAGGACAGCCAGCAGCUGAUGGCCGUUAGCGACCAUCACAACCCUCACUCUGUGGCCUGGGCGGGUCCCAGCAGCGACGCCGUAUCUAACGGCGAGGUGGCGGCGUCCUCGCCGACCGGCAGCUCAGACCGGCGAGCCUGCGGGGAGUCCAGGGCGGACAGGACGGACUCGCAGAAUGGCGAGCACUGCUGCAGCUGCCUCCUCGCUCCACAGCUCCACCUCCAGCACUGCUCCGACUGCGACGCCACGCACGACUUCCACUGCGCCCUUCUGGAAGUCUGCAGGAAUGACAGCCACUACGUGGAGGGGUCUGAGCCGCCGCAGAGCGACAUGCCGUCCAUGGCUCUGCACGCCGAGCCCGACUCCAUGAGCCCGAUCGUCCAGCCAAUCAGCUUCCACGGCUGCUGCGACGUGAAGCGGCCGGACCCCCAGCUGCUGUGCUUCGACUGCCGCACGUUCCACUUGGACUCCUGCCGCGACGGGAAACUCUGCCUGACGGCGCACGACGCCCGAGUGCUGGGCAUGUGUGGCGAGUGUGGGCAGGCGUGCUCCAGGGCGCCGCCUGUAAUCUGCAGGUAUUGUGGGAAGGAGUACUGCCGGGACUGUUGGUACAGGAACCCCAUCACCUGCAAAUGCGGCCAAACCUUCGACCAGUCCACGUCUGUGUGAGGCCGGGCCCAGCGGGGUCGCAGGGUCACCUCUCUGCACAAGACACAGGGUGAGUGCAGAGGCCCACUUGUACUGAAUCCAAAACGAAAAUCACAGAGGUGUUUCAUUUGAUUGACGUGACUCCCCUGGGCCACCGUAGUUCUGCACUCUGGAGGCACACGCAGAAAAAUCUCAGUGCCUUAAAUUCACACGCAGAGAUCUUUUAUGGUUUUCUUUACUGCCGCCUUCACCGACCGGCAGCACGAAGCGAGUUCCAGCUGUUUCUGUCAGGUCGCGGUGCCAUCCUGUUACUCUCAAGGUUGCCAUGGUUACAGUUAUCAGCAUUAAAAAAGAAGUAGAAAAACAGAGUGUGUCGUGAAGACGAGACUGUAACUUCGUGCCAAAUCUGAUUUCAUCCGUCACGGCUAACUGCAGGAAAAAAAAGGGGGUUUUGUAACAUUUCUCUGUGCUCCUUGUGUUUUAUGUAAGCUGUGAGAAAUGGGAACUUCCCACUUAUCGGGAUAUGUGCUUAUUGACACUGUCCAACUGGGAACUUCCUACUUCCUAUAGGGAAACAUGCAUCAUUAAUGCAAUGUGCCUCUAGAUGAAUGACUUCUCUGUGAUUUAAUCUGAUCAACAACUUUUAUUAUAGUUUUGAUAAUUUUGAUAACUUCAGAAAAAAAUGCUCUGUGUUGACUUAUAAAUUCAGUUGAUAUUAAUCCGACUGCAUGUUUUUGUGAAGUUCUUUCACUCAUACCUGAGAAGUGGGGAAUUCCCAGCUGCAUCAGCAUGGUGGCAGGGUUAGGCCACGCCCCCAGAUAGUUGACACCACUUUCUACGAAUUACAAUUUUUCACAAACUUCAAUAAAUAAAUGAACAUA